ACCUAAUGGGUGAGAUUGGGGAAUUGAUUGAAUUGAUUGACGUUGAUUUAGUUGAUUUAGUUGAUUUAGUUGAUGGUUUAAUUGAUUUAGUUGAGUUAAUUGAUUUAACUGAUUCGGUUGAUUUAGUUGAGAAGGCAAAUGAUGAGCCGAAUUCGGUAGAAACAUCUGAUUUACGGAUAAUGGAUUAA